AUGUUGUUUAAACACGUUUUACAGCAGUGUUUUACAUUCUUGGGUAGCCAAAUAAAGCAUUCUAAACCAAGAUGGUGUUACUCUAUGAGGAGAUAUGCAGGGUCAGGGUCUCCAGGUACCCCCGAAAACAAAAGUGAGUGGCACCACGAGGAGCACACGUGUCAACAGCGCGAGAGUAAACACCACUCUCCGGUAAACAUCGUCACUAGUAAAUCCAUCUUUCGAGGGUACAGCGCCUUGUCGCUUGAACUCUAUGACAAAGCCAACGUUGAGACGAUACUGCAAAACAAUGGACACACAGUGCAAAUCUCAUUUCCCAAAGUUCAGCUGGAAAUCACCGGAGGCGGGAUGAUCGACAAUUACGCGGCGCACCAUCUGCACUUCCACUGGGGCUCAGACAACGAGGCUGGAUCGGAGCACUAUAUCGACAGCAAAAAUUUUCCCAUGGAGAUGCACAUUGUCCAUUUUAACACCAUGUAUGAGAAUCUUCCGGCAGCCUUGAAUCAGCGGACAGGUGUUUCCGUGAUGGCCUUUAUGUUUGAGAUAGCGAGUCAGGACAAUCAAUCUCUGGCCGCAAUUAUAACCAAGCUGCCCUCCGUACGAAAGCCAUAUAGCUCGACGCCAUUGAAGCUGCCACCAAUGGCCUGUUUGCUGCCCGAUAACCUGCACGACUUCUAUCAGUACUCGGACGCCUCUAUGUCUGUCUACCCCCGCAUUAUCUGGACCGUCUUCAAAGACACCAUUAAAAUAUCCGAGUCUCAG